AUGUGGCGGAGACGCGCAAGCGUCCGUCUUGGCACUGAACAAGAUCUGGCUAGAGCUGGCCAUGCGCUCCACUGCGCUAGUCCAAUUGCGGCCGAUCAGCGCUGUGUCACGGGACUCUUGGAUGGACCCUUCAGGGAGAAUAGUGGAAGUUCAACGACUCUCGUGGACGGUGUCAACUACGCGAAUCGACGGGUGUUUUACCUCGAGUCUCGACCCGACCGGCUGCCGAGGUCGAUAUCUGAAGCUGCCCAGACCUGCCUUAACAUCCAUGAUCCAAAUUCCAGAGAUGUCGCACCAUUUGCCAUCUUAACUAUCUCGGCAACCUUGCCUGGAAUUGGCUUCAUUCUUUGUGUAUUCGAAUCUUCGAAUUGCUUCAAGGAAUGUCCGAUGUUGUCACUCGUGCCACCCGGAAAUCCAGGUUACAUCGAACUCGCCUUCAAGAGGGACCCCUGUCUCAGCCACGGGAAAUGCACGCCAGGCCCCCGGGCUCGAUCGAUCUUGGUUCUUGAACCCUCAAAUCUCCGCGUUUUCCCCGUGGUCUGGAACGGUCCAACUCGUCUGCUGCACGUCGGUAACCUGAUCAGAGGACCUGCUUCUGUUUCUGUGCAGGAGCAGAAGCGGGCAUUAUGCCCUUCGCCCGUAAUUCUGUCGGUAAUUCUGUCCGUAGUUCCGUCCGUAGCCCUGCGUUCGCAGUUUCCUAUUUGGAUCCGGGAUGCUCUCGAGUUCAGCGUUUUGCAUGCUGACCGAGUAGUCAUGUCUGGAACUCGCAAGUCUACUUAUGGCUACAACUAUGUCAAGUAA